AUGGUGAGGCAGUUGGUCUGGCAGCGGGCAGUGGCCGCUCGCAGGGUAUCAUGUCUUAAUUCGAGACGAACCCUCGCCACAGCUGCGUCCAGCUCUCGCAUGCCCCCAUACCCCAAGAUCCUCCGCAACCUCGAAGAAGUCCGUCGCGUCCUCGGCUCUCAGCGCGCACUCACCCUCGCGGAAAAGAUCCUAUAUUCUCAUUUGGACAAUGUGGAAGAUUCGCUACUUUCCAACACCAACAAUGGCCGUGAUAUCCGUGGCCAAGCGAACCUCAAACUCAAGCCGGACCGCGUUGCCAUGCAAGACGCUUCCGCUCAAAUGGCUCUACUACAAUUCAUGUCCUGCGGACUACCGUCUACCGCUGUCCCGGCCAGUAUCCACUGUGACCAUAUGAUUGUCGGAGAACGAGGUGCAGAGACCGAUUUACCUGCCUCGAUUCAGGGCAACAAGGAAGUCUUUGAUUUCUUGGAGUCAGCUGCUAAGCGCUACGGAAUUGAGUUUUGGCCACCUGGUGCUGGUAUUAUUCACCAGAACGUGUUGGAAAAUUACUCAGCCCCCGGUUUGAUGAUGCUGGGUACCGAUAGUCACACCCCUAAUGCUGGAGGUUUGGGUGCUAUUGCGAUUGGCGUUGGUGGUGCUGAUGCCGUUGAUGCUCUGGUCGAUGCACCCUGGGAAUUGAAAGCUCCCAAGAUUCUCGGAGUUCGCUUAGAAGGUCAAUUGAGUGGAUGGACUUCUCCCAAGGAUAUUAUUCUGCACCUUGCUGGUAAACUUACCGUUCGUGGUGGCACCGGUUUCGUUAUUGAAUAUCACGGCCCUGGUGUCGAUACUCUCAGUUGUACUGGAAUGGCUACGAUCUGUAACAUGGGCGCUGAAGUCGGUGCUACAACAUCGCUCUUCCCCUUCUCACCCAACCAUGUACCUUAUCUUGAAUCCACCAACCGUGCCGCUGUCGCCGCCGCUGCAGCAGAAAUUGCCGCUGCGGGAUCUCAGUCUUUGCUGAGAGCCGAUAGCAAAGCCGAGUACGACCAGUUGAUCACUAUUAACCUGUCCACUCUCGAACCCCAUAUAAAUGGCCCAUUCACUCCAGAUCUGUCCGUCCCUCUUUCCAAGUUCGCCGAAACUGUCAAAGAGAACAAAUGGCCCGAGACAUUCGGUGCCGGACUUAUUGGAAGCUGCACGAACAGCUCUUAUGAGGAUAUGACUCGUGCCGAGGACCUUGUCAAGCAGGCGUCCGCAGCUGGCUUGAAGCCCAAAGCCGAUUUCUUCAUUACUCCUGGUAGCGAGCAGAUCCGCGCUACUCUCGAACGUGACCAGACAUUGUCUACCUUCUCUGCUGCUGGUGGCACCGUCUUAGCCAAUGCCUGCGGUCCUUGCAUUGGACAAUGGAAGCGUACCGACGGAGUUCAAAAGGGCGAGGACAACGCCAUCUUGACUUCUUACAACCGUAACUUCCCAGGUCGUAACGAUGGUAACCGACGAACCAUGAACUUCUUGGCCUCGCCUGAUAUUGUUACCGCAAUGAGCUAUUCGGGAAGCACUACAUUCAACCCUUUAACCGACGCGAUUCCUACACCUGACGGUGGCUCAUUCCGUUUCCAGCCUCCCGUUGGUUCUAGUUUGCCUAGCGCCGGGUUCGAGGAAGGUAACCCUGCUUUCAUGCCUAGUGCUGCUGUGCCCGAUCCUUCCGUCGAAGUUGUCGUUUCCCCUACUUCGGAGCGAUUGGCUAUUUUGGAGCCUUUUGCACCUUUCCCUGAACGCGAGCUCGCAGGUCUCAAGGUUCUUUACAAGGUUAAGGGCCAAUGUACUACAGAUACCAUUUCUGCUGCUGGACCUUGGCUUAAGUACAAGGGACAUCUCCCUAACAUCUCCGCAAACACACUCAUUGGCGCUGUGAAUGCUGAAACAGGAGAAACAAAUGUCGCUUACGACGAAGCUGGAAAACAACACUCUAUUCCUGAGCUGGCUGAACAAUGGAAAUCGCAGGGCAGUGAAUGGCUCGUUGUUGCCGAAGACAACUACGGCGAGGGAAGCGCGCGUGAACACGCCGCUCUUCAGCCCCGUUACCUCGGCGGACGCAUCAUUGUCGCCAAGAGCUUUGCUCGCAUCCACGAGACCAACUUGAAGAAACAGGGUGUCGUCCCGCUUACAUUCGCUGACCGCGCAGACUACGACCGCAUCAGUGCAUGCGAUCAAGUCGACACUGUGGGAUUGUAUGAUUUGUUGAAGGCCGGUGGUCAGGGCGAGGUGAGCCUCAAAGUGACCAAGCACAAGACAGGAGAAACAUUCACUGUGCCGGUCAAGCAUACGCUCAAAACAAUUCGCCCCGCUUUCGCCAACCGCGACGAGCCCCGAAUCGCAUACGGCGUCCCCUUCCCCGAAGCAACCGCCUCCCAAGCCGCAACCUACUUCCACGCAUCAAAAGUAUACGUGAUUUGCUCUGGCUCCCUGUCACGAAAUACUGAUGCCUUGGAACGACUCAAAACUGCCUUGGGCGACAAGUUUGCGGGUGUCCGGAUUGGAAUGAAGCCGCAUACGCUGUGGUCUGAGGUUGUGGAGAUUAUCAAUGAUGCGAAAAGUGUGGGUGCGGAUUUGUUGGUUACGCUUGGAGCGGGCAGUUUGACGGAUGCUGCGAAGAUUGUUUCUUUCGCCCUAGCAAACGACGUCACAACCUUCGACGGCCUCUACGCCCUAACCACAAACGUGAGCAAAGACGUCAAACAACCCGCCGAAAAGGACAGCACAAUCAAAGCCUCUGUCAUCCCCAUAAUCAGUAUUCCGACCUCCUUGUCAGCGGGCGAAUACUCCGAUUUCGCAGGCGGCACAAACGACAAGACGCACCGAAAACAUAGCUUCCAGAAACCCCUCCGCGGCCCUCGGCUUAUAAUUCUCGAUCCAGAGUUGACUGCUACAACGCCGGAUUCUAUUUGGUUGAGUACAGGGAUCAGGGCAGUAGACCAUUGUGUCGAAACACUCUGCUCGACUGUGGCGUAUGACGAAACGGAUGAAUUGGCCCAAAAGGCGUUGGGUAUGCUGGUGCCCGGAUUAUUGAGGAGUAAGCAUGACAAGAAGGAUUUCGAGGCGAGGUUGGAUUGUCAGUUGGGAUCUGUUGAUGCGAUGGCGGCGUGUACGCAUCCAGAGAGGGUGGUGGAGUUGGGUGCUAGUCAUGGGAUUGGUCAUCAGCUCGGCCCUCUUGGUGUCGGCCACGGAGAGACAAGCUGCAUUUUGCUACCAUCGGUGUGCAAAUAUAACGCCCUCAAAGGCGCCAAUAACGCUCGACAAGCGCGCGUGCUCAAAUUUCUGCUCGAACAACCCACAGUCCAGGACGUUGUCAAGAAAUACAAUAUCAACACCGAAACAGCUGAUCUGGGCGAUGUUCUAGACGGUAUCAUCCGCGAACUAGGCAUGCCGCGCUCCCUCAAAGAUGUAGGCGUCGGCCGUGAUCAACUCGACAAAUUGGCCGAGCAUUCGCUAGAGGAUCGAUGGUGCAAGACCAAUCCCGUGCCGUUAGAGCGAAAAGAGCAGGUUUUGGAGAUUUUGGAGAUGGUUGUUGGCGCAUAG